GACGUAGGUUGAGUCGUAAAGCGCCACUCCCCCACCACCCAGCUGACAAGCCAAACAUUUCUUGCUAGACUGUUUGUAUUUAUUCCACUGAUAUAUUACACAUAAUGGCCUCAGCUCCAGCCCAGCAGCCCACCCUCACUGUUGAGCAGGCCAGAGUGGUGCUGAGUGAGGUCAUCCAGGCCUUCUCUGUGCCAGAGAAUGCAGCACGGAUGGAGGAGGCACGGGAGAGCGCCUGCAACGACAUGGGCAAGAUGCUGCAGCUGGUGCUCCCUGUGGCCACCCAGAUCCAACAGGAGGUCAUCAAGGCGUAUGGCUUCAACAACGAGGGAGAGGGUGUCCUUAAAUUUGCCCGUCUGGUGAAGAUGUAUGAAACUCAGGACCCAGAGAUAGCAGCCAUGUCCGUCAAACUGAAGUCUCUUCUCCUGCCUCCCCUGUCCACUCCACCCAUAGGUGGUGCCAUCCCAGCUUCCUAAGAAACUUGCCUUGGUCUUUCAGAAGGGACAUCUAAAAAUGUUACUGGACUUGAAAAUGUGUGUGCAUGGUCAAUUUCAUCAAGUACGUGCACGCUUGGAACUCAUCUCAUUAUAUUAUUUUCAAUCAAUUGUAGGAAAAAGUGAAUUGGUUAACUUACCUAGUUAGUACUAACACCCUGGGAUAAAGCACACAAAUCAGACCUGUAUUGGUUCAAAUGAAAACACACAUGUCAGAAUCGCAAGCUCCGACCAGGAUGGACAAAUGUCAUUCUUCAAAGUCAGUUAUAUUGCAUUCCUGGAUUUAAAUGCAAUACACUUCUGACAGCUAACUUAAAUCCUUUGUUUAUGGAUAUUUGUUUUCAGUAUUAGUUUUUUUACAUUUAGCCUUAAGUCAUUUAUACCACGAAUUGCUGUUUGAGAGGACUGAAUGAAGUGUCAUUCCUUGCGAUACAGAGUUGUUUGUUUUAUUCCAUUUUAGUGACCUUUUCAAUCUCAGUUGUCACUGCUGGAUCAGAUAUGUAUUAAUACAUGUAAAAAACAAUGCUACUCAAAUUUU